AUGUGUGGUUUCAGCAUCCAGAACAGCAAUCUCAAAAAAAAAAAGAACUGCGCAUUCACAUCGCAAUUCUUAAUCCAAUUUUCCGUCCAAACAACCCUAUGCAAUGCAACAAUUGGGCUUUUCAUUAAAAAAAUUGCAGUAUCUGAGUGUCCGAGGACAUCAAUUUCUCCAGAUUUUUCAUCCCUUGCCUCCCAGCUCCCGCCUACCCAGCUUGAAUUGCCUCCUAGUCCUAGCAACUCUUCUUCUAGGCGCCGUGACCCUGCUGACUGUGCGCCAACGUGUCAUGCUUCUGUGGCGUGCCACGUCAGCCAAAGUGGUAAAAAUGUACGAGCUACAGUAGUGCUAAAUAUGUAAGAGUCAUUUUAAGAGUGCUAAACGAGCAAGUGCCUCUCCUAAUAGUGGUAAAUAUAUAAAAAAAAUCAAUCUUGCAGGCUCCAAGGGUCCAACCUUCACCUCACGGCGAUGGCCGCGCAAGAGCCGGCGUCGACGGAGGGCGCGCGGCCCCGCGUCCUCCUGGCGGCCUCCGGCAGCGUGGCCGCCAUCAAGUUCGAGGUCCUCUGCCGCAGCGUCGCCGAGUGGGCCGACGUCCGCGCGGUGGCGACCGCGUCCGCCCUCCACUUCAUCGACGGGGCCUCCUUCCCCAUCGGCGUCCCGCUCUACACCGACGACGACGAGUGGUCCCGCUGGAGGCGCGUCGGCGACGAGGUCCUGCACAUCGAGCUCCGCAGGUGGGCCGACGCCCUGGUCAUCGCGCCGCUCUCGGCCAACACCCUCGCCAAGAUCGCCGGCGGGCUGUGCGACAACCUCCUCACGUGCGUGGUGCGCGCGUGGGAUUACGGCAAGCCCGUCUACGUCGCGCCGGCCAUGAACACCUUCAUGUGGGACAACCCCUUCACGGCGCGCCACCUCGGCGUCGUGCGCGAGCUCGGUAUCUCCCUCAUCCCGCCGGUGACCAAGCGGCUGGCCUGCGGGGACUACGGCAACGGCGCAAUGGCGGAGCCGUCGGAGAUCUGCAGAACCCUGCUGCUCUUCUUCGGACCACAACAUCUUUAGCAGCAGCUGGAGCCUGAUAGUCAAAGCUCUUCAGUAGUUCAGUUAGAUUUGCUUUCUGUAUGAGAUGUGUGACUUGCUUGAUGAUCUCUAGUAAUCUUGUUAUGGCUAAUUGUUCUAUACGAUGGUUGCAAUGGCAUCACA